AUGGGAUGGCUGGUGAUGCACAAAGCAAUGGUUGCUCUGUUUUUAGGCGUAGUUGCAGCAAGCCGCGACUUGGGAUCUGAGGUUAGCAAGAUAGAGAAUGCAGUUAUGAGUGGAAAGGUUUCUGAAGCGAAGACAAUGUUUGAUGAGCUGAUGAGUGAGUUUGGAGGAAAUGAAGUGCUUGAAAGGAAGCAUGCUGAGUUUCUGAUGCAGAGUGGAGAUUACAAGGCAGUGAUCCGCAGAUAUGGACAGAAUGGUAAGAUGUCUACGGAUGUGAUUAAGGCAGAAAGAAAUCAGUCCAUACUGAACAGCAACAAUGUAAAGCUGAUUGCCUCACUGAUAAAUGAAGCUCCGUAUAGCAUAGAUGUCCUGAAGGCAUAUAUCAAGAUGUGCCUUAUUGAAGAGAAGUUUCAUGAGGUCAGGAGGUUUGUUAAGAAGGCGAGCAGCCUGUUUCCGGAAGAUGUUGAGCUGAAGCGCUUGCAGGUGCAGCUAUUUUUCCUGACUCGGAUGCCAGCGGCAGGAAUAAACAUAAUGCGUGAGAUGGGAGAUGUAGGCAUGUCGAAGCUCAUUGAACGUUUGUUUGAUGAGUACGCAAGAAUAGCUGGUGGUAGCAUGCCGUGUAAGGACAAAUAUAUGCAGAUGAAGGAGUUGGUGGAGCGGAUUGAGGAAGCCGAAUUUUCAGUUAAUUUCUUUCCAAGUAUAUUUACGCCAUUGAAGCUUGAUGCGAUACUUUGCAUGUGCAAGAAUGGAAUUGAGGACGACUUUAGCAACUUUAUGUCAGGGACGUAUGAUGUAAGUCGAGGCAGGCUUGUGGGCACGCCCCUGAAGCCGCUGUCUGCAAGGAUCAGGACACUGCAAAUGAAAAGAGGAGAUGAUGAAGCAAUGCAUCUGUAUGUGGUGUCGCAUGCACUUCAAGGGAGCAUUGACGAAGCAGAAGCAAUGUGCCGUUCGCAUACAUUCAAGAACGGAUCCAUGAAGCGAGAGACAGUGAGGAAGCUUGCAGCAAUAAGGAGCAAGAUAGAGGAUGCAAAGGCAAAGAGGGAAAGAGAAAGACCGCAAAGAGAAAGGCCAAGAAACAGGAAUAUGCCCCAAGGGAACCAGAGCGAUAUUUUGGGAUACUACAAGGCACUGGGGCUUAGUCCUGGACCAAAAACAACAGAUGCAGAGAUAAAGAAGGCAUACAAAAAAAUGGUUAUCAGUGGAAUGAGGAAGCAGGGCGAAGCAGAAAAGAAGAAGUGGGAGGAAACGCACAAGGUAAUCAAUAAGGCACUCGGAGUUCUUACGAAUAAGAAGAAGCGUGAGAUGUACGAUAGAGGGAUGGAUCCGGAUAACCCUCAACGGAUUAACGGAUAUGGCCAUUUUGGGGAGGACAUACUUAAUGAGCUUUUUAAGAAAGGCUUUGGUAAUCUUGAGUUCUUUGAAUUUUCUCCAAGUGCAAGGCAAAGGGGAAGCGCAAGAACAAGAGCAACGUAUUUUUAUUUUUAA